ACGUAAAGAUUUCCUAGAUGUGUUUCAUUGGAUUAAUAAGCUUCAAUAAAACUUGUUGUGAAAUUUGCAGAAUUCAGUAUUGCUUUAAUUUCAAACAUUAUAUAUGGUACCUUAUUGUUAGGUAAUACUUAAGUACCUAUCCGCAUUAUGAAUAAAAUGAUGAACGAAACAGAAAAUUCACAGCAUGGUCCAGAGGUUGAUUUGAAAUCUGACGUACCCAAUAAAUUACAAGAAACUCGAGUUGAAGUCGACAAGGUGAUAAAAAUCAUGCAGGAUAAUGUGAACAAAGUUUUAGAAAGAGAUGAUAAACUUCAUAAACUCGAUGAUAAAGCAGAUGCGUUGUUACUACAUUCAUCUCAGUUUCAAUCCCAAGCAGUAACAUUGAGACGUAAAAUGUGGUGGAAAAAUAAAAAGAUGAUGUUACUUUUGGGUUCAGUUGGAGCAUUUCUAUUUCUAUUUAUUAUUUUAUGAAUAGGUACUGAAUUUGAAUAAUUUGAAUAUCAGCAUAAUGAAGAUAAAAUUGUUAUUAUUUUUAAUGAUAAACGGUCAAUAAUUGUAUUGUAGGUAUUGUAUUAUAAAUGCCUACAUGUUUUUUAAGUAAAGAAAGCAAAAAUUCAAUAUUUACUUACCUAAUUCGAACAGCUUUGUCCAUCAAGAUUCACGAGGACUUCCCUAUAGAUUGAUAGACCCUACCUACACUUUGUGAUCGAAAUUCUGUGAUGCAAAAAAUGUUGUACAAAUCAAUUUCUGAAACGAAUGGAAACUUCAUGUUUCGUAUUCUCUACUUCUCAAAUUACCUAAUUAUCUGGGUGCUCAAUAGGCUAUACCAGUAGGGUUAUGCAUCACAUGGUAAUUGCAAGUUUUUUUAAAUUCAAAGAUUUUGGUUUAAAAAGCAUCUUUAAAACUUUGAAAACGAACCAGAAUUCCAAAAACAUAGAAAAUAAAAUAAAUAGAUAAGGAAAUAAACAAAUUACAGAAAACAUACCCGUUUUUAUUUCAAGCUUUUUAAAACAGCAACGUAGGCCAAUAGUUAGGUAGUAUAGGUAGAGGUACCUAUAUCUCUCUGUUGCCUUGGGAGUGCUUGAUAUUUCUGAACACCUGUAGCGAUACGCCGAUACCCAUACUAUACCUACCCAAUGUUUUGAAUUUUUGAACGAAGGUGAAAUUUUUUUUCCAAUUUUAUUCAGAUUGAUAUUCUUUUUAGUGUUGAAUAAGAUAUACCUACGUACAAAAAAUGGGCAAUGGCAAAUCUUUUUUGCAGAAAAUGAGAAACUGGCUUCAUAUAAUAGCGACGACGACGUCACCUCAACCAGUGGUCAAAAAUUAGUUUUUGAUUACUAAAGAAAACAACAAGAGCUGACUUUUUGUAUAAAAAAAAUAAUGAAUAUAAAAUGUUUUUUUCAUUAAAAAUAACAUUCAAAGUUAAACUCAAAAGUCAAAACAACAAUAAAAUCAAUAAAAAUUUGAAAAAUUUCUUAAAUUAAAACUAACCAAAAAAAUAAUGACAUGAAAAAUUGAAAACAAUUGAAAUACCUAUACCUAUAACCUUAAAAAUUAAAAUUGAUGAAAUAGCUCGGAAUUUGAGCAAAAUUUCGUGAAAAUUCCGUAGAUUUUUAAACAUUAGAAUUCAGAAAACAUACAUGAUGAAAAAAUACAACUUUUUGUACACCAAAAAUUUUUAAAAAUAAAUAAUCCAUAUAUAAAUCGUGCGAUUUUGCGAUUUUAAUGGUUUCGGCUUUGUUCGUUUCAAAUUCGGGACAGUUCGGAAAUCGAACUCGAAUACAAUGUAAACACCUCGUGAACUCGUAACUUCGUAACGUAAGUUCGUAACUGAUAACUCACUCGAAAAUUCAAAAUUUCGAUUCGGUAACAAAAUAAUGUGAUAAAAUAUUUAAUUUAACUAUUAUUUUAAUUAUUUUUGAUGAUCUCAAGAAAUGUUCUUGUAUAGUUUUCCAUAAUGAACUUUCAGUGAAGGAAAAACGUAUUUAAAAUCACUUUUGACUUACUAUUUCUAUCUGUGAGAAAUUAAAUCACCCCCUUUAUUAUGUCAACAAAAAAGUAUGUUCAAAAAUUUCGUAAGAGUUGGCUAGAUCGUGAUGAACUCCGAGAAUGGCUGGUAGAGAAUCCAAACCUUGAUAAUAGAAAAUACGGCGGAUACUGCGUCUAUUGUAACACCGCUUUACCGAGCAAAUUAUACGAUCUCCAGAGCCACGCCGCUUCUAGAAAACACGCCAGAAAUGUCAGCGAACAGACAAGAAUUGAAGUUAAAGUGGAAAAGCUAGUCCAAGACGACGAGAUGGAUUCCAAAGAAGACCAGUUGGGACAAUAUAUAGCCAACCAAUUGAAACUAAUAAAGAAUAAGAAAAUCUAUGAAGAAGUGAAAUGGGACAUUAUUCAAACACUUCAAAGUGCGUUAAUGAAUCAACCCUCGGAGUCUGAAGAAAUUGAAGCGUGAUUGUUUUAUGUACUUAGUGACAUUUGAACAUUUCUUAUGAUUUUAAUUUUUUUUUUUUUGUUGUUUUCUAUAUGAUGUGUAUAGAGAAAAUUGAUGUAUUUGAUACCAGAAAAUUCCUAUCGUAUUAAGUAACGUAUUCUCACCUGUGAAAUUUUCCGCCACUCUGAGUGUCUGAAAAGCGAGUAUUACUCUUGUAUAAUUUAAGAGUAUUUUUUCGUGGAAACUUGAAAUGCUGCAGUUUCUUUAUCGUGUAAGCAAUGUGUAAUUUAUUAUUUAUUUAUUAUAACUGCAGUAUUUCAUAUUUUUUCUCGUCGCCUAAUUGUUAUUUUAAAUUAACUAUACGAGUGACUGAUGUUAAAUUGUAAUAAAACGUGUAAUUUGUCCUUCUG